ACAAAACUGAGGCUGUGACGUAGAGUCAGAUUUUCGCCCGACGGCUUGGCUUGAGCCGACGGUCAAAGUAAAAGCAAAGCAGACAUGGUUGUCUGGAGCACUUUUUCCCGUGCAAUUCACGGCACAAAAGGAGUGUCGAACAUUCUUUUGAACCGCGCCAUUCUUAAAAAUGUCCAGCAAGUUCGUCAAAUGUCGGGUGGUGACCACAACAAAUUCAUAAUUCAACCCACUCGUUGGCAAUGGAAUAAGUUCAAGGAUAUGGUGCAUAUGUACGUUUUGAUUGGUAUGAUUCCUCUGGGUCUAAUUUCUACAUACUGCAACGUUUUUAUUGGUCCUGCCCAACUUGCACCAAUUCCUGAAGGAUACACACCGAAAGAAUAUGAAUACCAUCGUCAUCCAAUUACCAGAUUCUUUGCUAGCUUUAUGGAAUCAGAACAGGAGGCCUAUGAGAAACACAUGCAUAUCCUAUGGGCUGAGUAUGAUGCUUCAGAGUUCAGGAGGAUCGACAAAGAGAUUACAGCUCUAAUCCAAUCAAGGGGAGAUUACCAAAAAUACUACUACCUUCCUGUCAAUAAGUGGUCUGCACAAGACAUGCAAAAGGAGAAGUAUGAAACGGAACAGUUGGGCAACCAAGGCCGUUGAUAGACAGUUAUCUUUGUUACAAAUGUAGAAUGAAGUUUGGGAAUGGAGUCUGUGUUAAUACUUUGCUUUGUGUACAAAUAAACAAAUAGUCAAUUGGUUUCAUA